AUGGCCUCCAUCACAUGCCAUCGUCACCUUCCUCCUGGCCCUGGUGGCUAUGACCACUACGUCCACCACCAUAAUAGUGAUGUCCCUCCACUACAUCUAGCUGCAUCGACCCUUGCAGCCCCUAGUUCCGCUCCACUCUGCUCCGAUCCCAAGCAGGACGUAUCGUCCAUUCCUACGUCGCUGGCAGUACCAGUGCCAGUGCCAGUGCCAGUGGCUUCGCUUGAUACCUCGUCCCAUACUAGUACUGCCGCUGCUGCCUCUGAGAAACCUCACUCUUGCCAUUCUCUUGACCUUGCGGGGAGCGUAUAUAUCCUCUCUGAGGCAAGGUUGAGCAAAGGAGCCAAAUCCACCAGAGCUGCGAACGGCGGUAUGCUUGACCAUUCCUCACCACUGCCCGUGUCCGAUAAGCUGCGGACGCCAGAGCGGAGACGGACAGUAUCCCCUUCCACAAGGUCUUCCGGUGAAAUUCGUUCGACUUCUCGCAGUACCCGGCGCUCUGGAGGUGGAAAUGGAGGUGGUGAUGGAGGUCAUAGCCAUAGUCGUCGGAGCUCGCUUCACUCUCACCGCCGUACAGUUACCACCACCUCCCUGACACCUUCUAGACCAGACUCACCGGUCCGGCGUGAGAAUCUCAUAGCCCUACAUCGAGAGUCUUGUCGCCUUUUCCAGGAUAACAACCUUGCCUCUACCACCGCCGCUGUCACCCGCCAGUCAUCCUUCUCUUCUUCCCCGCCAUUUACUCCCCGUCAAGCAAGAACAUACUCCAACGUCAGCUCACCUCCCGUAACGCCAAUUCUUGAACGCCACCAUUCCUCAACUUUCCGCCACUCAUACUCUUCCAGCAACUUACAUGCCAACCACGGAACCGUCCCGGUCUCGCGCGUGGAAGUUAAUCUCUCCGCCGAGACAAAACCGACUAUAAUCGAAUGGACAUCUCCCUCCACCCGGCGCCGCGAGUACAAGGAAAUCGACCGCGCGAGCAGCGGCGUCCGAGGGCUCUGGCGCCGCGUCGCACCCCGGUGGUGCCAGUUCGGCGAUAAGCGGAUUCCCUUCUUCGAGGAGGAAAGGGACGGCAAAGCGAAUUAUGAGGGGAGCGUCCGCAGGUUUCGGAUGGAUCUCCCUGAUGAGCUGGAGUCCGGUGAAUAUCGGAAUCAGGGCCGGCGCGGACUCGGGAUGAAACUGAAGCCGAGGUUGGUUGUGCAAGUUAAGAGGAGCAAGACGAGUAUGAGCUGGUUAUGA